UUUUGACCGCCAUCCCAACUUUUUCUAAUUACUCCACUACUCCUCCCUUGUUUGUUGGAUCCACUCCUCUCCUCCACAUCUCCCCCUUGUCAAGAAAUUUUUAUCUUUCAAUUCCUUCUUGAUUUUCUUCCUCCUUUUGGCAAAUUUUUCCACUAAUUACUUCAAUUUUACCAUAAUCAAUCAGUUGGCGCAUCAUAUUAACUUUUAUUUCUCUCCACUCUUAUCCUUCUCCCGGGACGGAUUUAGGCUUCCCCAACUGUGAUUUCUAUUGUUCUCUCAUCACCAUCAUCCUCCUAAUUUUCACCGCGGUAAAAAACCUACCAUCCACACAUUAUGGAUAGAUAAUCUUUACACCAUAAUCACAGUUGGAUCAGAGAGCAAAAUCACCAUGAGAGGAGCGGUGCUUGUAGCAAUCGCCGCUACAGUAGGCAACUUCUUACAAGGAUGGGACAAUUCCACCAUUGCAGGGGCUGUAAUUUACAUAAAAAGGGAAUUCCAUCUAGAGUCUCAACCGACAAUGGAAGGUCUGAUCGUGGCAAUGUCGCUGAUGGGCGGGACGUUGAUCACGACAUUCUCCGGUCCGGUGGCCGACGUGUUCGGCCGCCGUCCAAUGCUAAUCCUCUCGUCGCUCUGUUACCUCGUCGGAAGCUUGGUCAUGUUAUGGUCUCCUAAUGUCUAUGUCUUGCUGGUUGCGAGGCUGCUCGAUGGGUUCGGGAUCGGGCUCGCCGUCACGCUCAUCCCGCUCUACAUCUCCGAAACCGCGCCGUCGGAGAUCAGGGGCACGCUGAAUACUCUGCCGCAGUUCUUGGGUUCGGGAGGGAUGUUCCUGUCGUAUAUAAUGGUGUUUAUCAUGUCGCUUCAGGAUUCGCCUAAUUGGAGAGUGAUGCUUGGUGUUCUGGCGAUCCCUUCUCUGUCUUAUUUGGUGUUGACGGUGCUCUUCUUGCCGGAAUCGCCUCGGUGGCUCGUCAGUAAAGGGAGAUUGGAUGAGGCUAGACUCGUUUUGCAGAGGCUUCGCGGUAGGGAGGAUGUUGCAGGUAAAAUGUAUACAACGGUUUACUGUUUAAUCACAGGGGAGAUGGCUCUGCUACUGGAAGGACUCGGCGUGGGGAAAGACCCAUCAAUAGAAGAAUACAUAAUCGGCCCAGCCAACGACGAAGGCGAGCCACCGGCGGACAAGAUCGGAGAAGUCCGACUGUACGGCACCGAGGAAGGAGUGUCAUGGGUGGCAAAGCCAGUAGCCGGACAGAGCACCCUGGGGAUUGCGUCGCGCCAGGGGAGCAUGGCAAACCAGAAUGUACCUCUAAUGGAUCCACUCGUCACUCUGUUCGGAAGCGUCCACGAGAACAACCUCCCCGCCGGCGGCGGUGGAUCCAUGUUCGGAAGCAUGCGCGGGAGCAUGUUCUUCCCCGGCACCUCCAGCAUGCUCAACAUGAUCACCGGUGCCGGAAAUAAUCAGGGGGAAGAAGACGGCGGUGCCGAUCACGAUUACUCCGGUGGUGAUGCGGAGGACAACAAGAGCCCUCUGCUUCAGCAGCUGCAGGGCUCCGGAAAGGACUACCCGGCGGCUUCAUCGAGGCCGUCCGGGUACGGAAGCAGCAUGUUCAAUGCGGCGGCGGCGGGUGCAGGGGAGGAAGUCGGGGUUGGGAUUGGGGGAGGGUGGCAACUGGCGUACAAGAAGAAGGAAGGUGGGCUUCAGAGGGUGUACCUUCACGGCGGAGCGGCGGCGGGAGGGUCGAGGAGAGGGUCAAUGAUUUCCGGCAUUGGUGGUGCGAUGGAUGUUGAGGAAAUUGGGGGCGGGGAUUUUGUUCCCGCGGCCGCGCUUGUUAGCCAGACGGCGGUUUGCUCCAAGGAUGUUCUCAGCGGCGGGAAGCCAGAAAUCGGAGGACGGCGGUCGCAGAAGGACAGCAAAGGCACCGGAUGCGCCGACCUUUUUGAGCCAGGGAUUAAGCGCGCUCUGGUUGUCGGAGUUGUGCUCCAAUUUCUCCAACAGAUUUCAGGGAUCAAUGGGGUGCUCUACUACGCUCCCCAGAUUCUACAAGAAGCAGGCGUUUCGGUUCUACUAGCAAGUCUCGGAUUGCGAUCCGACUCGGCCUCCAUCCUCAUCAGCCUUUUCUCCACUAUUGUAAUGCUCCCCUGCAUUAUGCUUUCCAUGAGGAUCAUGGACGUCGCCGGCAGAAGGUCGAUAAUGUUGUACACAAUCCCAAUCUUGGUGGUGGCACUGUUUGCACUAGUGUUCAGCAGCAUCGUGAGCAUGGGACCGGUGCCUAGGGCCGUCAUCUCGACGGGAAGCGUGGUGGUCUACAUGAGCUGCUUCGUGAUGGGAUUCGGCGUUAUCCCAAACAUACUCUGCGCCGAGAUUUUCCCCACCGCAGCUCGCGGGCUGUGCAUAACAAUAUGCGCACUCACCUACUGGAUUAUGAACAUCGUCGUCACGUACUCGUCGCCGCUUCUGCUCAACAGCCUAGGGCUUGCCGGUGUCUUCACCAUCUUCGGGAUCGGGUGCAUGCUUUCGUGGGUGUUCGUGUUCCUCAAAGUUCCGGAGACGAAAGGGAUGCCGUUGGAAGUCAUUUGUGAGUUCUUUGCCGCGGGUGCCUCCGUGCUCGAUCGUCAGAACUGAAUGAAUGUUAGGGUUUUUGUUUUGUUUUGUUUUUUUGGGUGAUUAAUCCUUUUUUUUAUUGGUUUGCUUUCAAAUUGUUUUUCUUAACUACCAUUUUGUUAAUUACUUGGUUUGUAUUGUGAUUUGUGACCCAAUAAAAGGAGAAAAGGUUAGAAUCAAGUGUUGGAUGUUUUAGUCUAUAGUAUCUUUACUUGUGUUACCCUUUACCCGUGUCGAA